UAUCUAUCUGCGGGCAUUUGCACGCCAGAAGGCCUCUGGCAGGAACCACGGCACUUUGUUUUGUUUUGUCUUCGGCCGUCUGUCGAUUUAACAACUCCCAACAGCACAUAUUUGUUCGACUUCACGCCGCCUUUUCCGUGUAUUCUUUUGUUUGAAAUCCAACAUCUCACAAAGACUUACCUGCUCGUCGAGUCCGAAAGCCUGGACUUCUUUCGGCCUAUCUCUGUUUCAGACUUUGUGACCAUUUCUCUGUACGACUCAUUCGUUUGCCUGCUUCUUGUCACUUGUCACUGUCGUGACUUUUCUUCAACAUGGUCGUCAAACCUCUAA